AUGGCACGGAUUUUGAGUGUGGUCUUGCUUUGCGCGUGUUUAGCGGCUGCCGAUCAAGAGGAUGUUGAAGGUGGAAAAUGCGAGAGAAUCAAACUUUCACAAUGCCAAGACUUAGGAUACAACUGGACUGCAAUGCCUAAUCUCAUGGGUCACCGCGAUCAGAAGGAGGCUGAAGAAGCGAUGCAGAAGUUCGCGGGUGUGAUUUCCAGCGAGUGCUCGAUGCACGCGCGCUUCCUCCUCUGCUCGGCGUUCGCGCCCCUCUGCUCGGAGCAGGUGUCGGGCUCGGUGAGCGCCUGCCGCGCCCUCUGCGAGAGCGUCAGCGCCGACUGCGAGAAGGAGCUGGCGCAGCUGGCGCCGACCGUGCUGGACUGCGGCGCCUUCCCUUUGCGCGCGGUGCGGAGGCUGUGCAUGCGGCCGCCCAACGCCAGCGAGCUGGUGCCGGAGCCGCAGCCGCCGCCGCGGUGGCCCUUCCAGGAGCGCGAGCGCGAGGACGGCUGCCCGCCCGGCCACGCGCGCGCGCCCGCCGGCGCCUGCUGGCCCGCGUGCGGCCAACACGCGCGCUACACGCAGCCCGAGAAGCGCAGCGCCGAGCUGUGGAUGGCCACCGCCGCCUGGCUCUCGCUGCUGUGCACCUCGUUAGCGUUGCUCACGUUCUGCGCGGAGCCGUCGCGCUACCGCUACCCCGAGCGGCCCGCGGUGUGGGCGGCCGCGUGCCACGCCGUGGUCGCCGCGGCGCACGUGGCGCGCGGCUGGCUGGGCGCGCGCGCUCUCUCGUGCGCCGGCAACACGCUCGCCGUGGACGGGCUGGCGUCGCCCGCGUGCGUCGCCUUCUUCUCGCUCACGUACUACUUCACGCUGGCGGCGGACGCGUGGUUCGCGAACGCGUGCGUCGCCUGGUACCUGACGGCGGCGAGCGAGUGGUCCACGGAGGCGCUGGAGCGCGCGGCGGCGUACCUGCACGCGGUGGCGUGGGGCUGGGCGGGCGCGUGGACGGCGGCCGCGCUCGCGCUGCGCCGCGUGGCGGCCGACGAGCUGACCGGCACGUGCGGCGUGGCGGCGCCGGCGGCCGCGGCGCUGGUGGCCGUGCCCAGGGGCGCGCUGCUCGGCGCGGCGGCGGCGCUGGCGCUGGCCGCGGGCCCGGGCAUCGUGCGCGUGCGCCGCGCGCUGCACGCCAGGGGCGCCAAGAGAGUGGGCCGCCUGGCGGUGCGCGCGGCCGCCGGCGGGAUGCUGUACUUGGCGCUGGCCGCGCUGGCCACCGGCUCGAAGCUGUACGAGGCGCGGGGCGGGGAGGGCCGCUCCGGCGCGCUGGCCGUAUGCCUGUGGCUGUCGUGCGGCGUGGCGGCGGCGGCCUGGGCCUGGUCCAAGAAGUCGGCGCUGGUCUGGCGCAAGGCCAUCUGCCCGCCCCGCAAGGCGCCCUGCUGCGCGCCGCCCCUCCUGCGCCCGCAGCACCCCUACUACAAGCGCCCGCUGCACGUGUCCAGGGUU